GACAGCUAUGGCAGCACUGACUAGCUGUAUUUAUAAUUUCAACUUUUAUUAAAUCUAACAAGUCAAUCUCUCCGCAUCGUACAGCAUUAUACUAUAAGCAAUUCGACGACGAAAGUAUAAUCCGUUUAAGUGCUAACAAUGUCGUCUUUAUAUUCUCGGGCUCAGUCAGAAUUUACGGAAUCGCUGACAAAAUGCCUAGAAAAAAAGGACAUUGAACAGUUGAAGGCAUCAUAUGGAGUGUUCGAUGUAAACGGUCUUGAUGCCAAAUCUACGCUGGAUCAGACAUUCCGGGAAUUUUUGUUCAAAACAGUGUUUCAAAACAAAUCGUGCGUUGAUUUUAUAGACUUGUCGGUUAAGGCGGUUCGCAAUAAUUUGGUUACGUCGGCUCUACCGAUUACUUUACUGGGUGACAUGUUCGAUGCUGUUACAUUGGACGAAUCUGAGAAACUUUUCCGCUAUGUCGAGGACAAUGUGGACGUUUGGAAAGAGCCAGUGUUUUUCUCGUCCUGCAAAAAUCAUCUUCUUCGGAUGUGCAAUGAUUUGUUGCGACGAUUAUCACGAUCACAGAACACCGUAUUUUGUGGAAGAAUUCUCCUUUUCCUGGCCAAAUUCUUUCCAUUUUCUGAACGGUCCGGCCUCAACGUGGUGUCUGAAUUCAAUUUGGAAAAUUUGACGGAAUAUGCCAGCGAUGCAAUUGACAUUGACGAUUCACUAGUCGAUUCAGAGGACGUUCAAGUGAAAAUCGACUACAAUUUGUACUGCAAAUUUUGGGGAUUGCAGGAUUUUUUCCGAAAUCCGAACCAGUGCUACAACACUGUCCAAUGGAAAACAUUUGCUUUGCAUGCAUCCAGUGUUCUGUCGGCAUUCAACAGCUUCAAACUGGAGGAACCGCGUGACAGCUCAUCGAAAAAUGACAAAGAUGAUGACCAGAACGAGGAUGUUGAGAUGCAGGAGGAAAUUCGAACGCAACAUUUCUUUUCCAAAUUUCUCACCAAUUCCAAAUUGCUCGCACUGCAAUUGUCCGACUCGAAUUUCCGCAGAUCGGUCUUGGUUCAGUGUCUCAUACUGUUUCAGUAUCUCCGUUCAACUGUAAAAUUCAAAGCUGACACAUUCAGUUUGAAUGCAUCACAAUCGGAAUUCAUCAAAGAAACUGAAGUUCAAAUAUACAAAUUGUUGGAGGAAACACCACCCUGCGGCAAAAAGUUCGCCAAGACUGUCCGGCAUAUGCUGCAAAGAGAGGAACUCUGGAACACCUGGAAAAAUGAUGGCUGCAAAGAAUUUAAACGUCCCGAUGUCAGCAUCGACGAGUCGAUUAAGCCACCAGCUAAAAAAUUCAAGCGAAAUCUGGGUGACGCCAUAGGCGAUGCGUCCAAACAAAGUAAAUUCUACAUGGGGAACGCCGAGUUGACCCGUUUAUGGAACCUCUGUCCAGAUAACUUGCAAGCGUGUCGUGGUGCAGAUCGCAACUUUUUACCGUCAAUCGAACAGUAUUUGGAAAAUCCCAAAGAUAAAACAGACGCAACGUUUGAGUGGCGAGCACUACGGCUCCUAGCCCGCCAAUCACCACAUUUCUUCACAAUGAUUCAAACACCCAACAAGGUGGCCGAUUAUUUGGAAAGUGUUCGGAAGAAGAUCAGCGAAAGUAGAACUAAAACGAGAGUGGAUCCGGUCGAGCCAUUGAAUCCGGUUGAAAUUGAAGAAGUUCAAAUCCAGAAUACCAACGAAGACGGAUUGACUGAGGAUGCAGAAAUGUUGAGAUCGGCAGACCAAGACGAUAAAAAUACACAUAAAACGGCUAUCGCAACGCCGGAACAGUUGAAAGAAUUGUCGGUGAUAAUUGGGGGAACGUGGCAAAAGCUUGGAAGUAAAUUGGGCUACACACCCGAUCUGUUGAAAUUUUUCGCCGACUCCAACACCGCAAAUGUUCAGGAACAGUGUCGUACAAUGCUCCAGCACUGGUUUAAUGAUGAUGACGACGCAAGUUUAGAUAAUUUAAGUUAUAUUUUGGAAGGACUUGAUAUGAUUGCUGCAGCCGAUGCGAUUAAACGAUUCUUGGAGCCCGCUGACAAAAUGGAAGAUAUCUCAGAGUGAUUUGAGUGAUUUUUUUUGUUCUGGUUCAUCUUUGAAGAUGUAAUAAAACCAAUUCCGCAAUUGGAGA